UUACGUAGUGCGCCCCGUGCCGUCGCGUAGCGCGUACCGAACGCUGCCGACGAAAACCGAGCGAAUAUAAAAAACAAGUUCCAAAUUCAAAUGCUUGAAAAAUUAAAAAAAUAAGGUGCCUAAUUUAAGUAAUUUUUUGUGAUUUUUGUUUUUUUUUAUUGUGUGUUCGGAUGCUAGCGAGCGCUCUCCCUGGGAAUUGCUAUAGCAACGAAUGACGUCAAGUUCAGGGUUGGUGCAUUUUCGUUCAAUACAAGUUUCUGAGAUUUUCAUUCGACCAGUCGCCGAGGAUUUGAGUGACCAGUCGCAUUGAAGUGAACGUCUGACCCGAAUGUAGCGGUUUAUGGAGGAGUGCACUUACUUCGCGAAUCAUGAGUUUGAUGACUAUCAUCAAGUUCGGGUACACCCUAGUGGUGGUCACACUCCUGCUGAUGAUAUGGGCCUCGCUAUCCAGAGCAUUAGAGAUCCACGUAGAUACAGGGCACCCGCCGUGCCUGUUCCAAGCGCUCUGCACGUGCUCGAAGCCGGCCGGAGACCUCGGCAUCGUGACGUGCAAGAACGUGCCCAUCCUGCGCGUGCCCGCCGCCGUCAACAGCUCCAAGGUGUUCACGUUGCAGCUGACUGGGAACAGGAUUAGAGAUCUUGAGCCGCAUUUCUUCCAGACAACUGGACUAUAUAGACUGGCGAUAAACCAUAACCCCCUGGAAACGAUCCAAGAGGAGGCGUUCUACGGGCUGGACAAUACGCUGUGGGAGCUGGAACUCAAACAUGACGGGCUUACUGCCGUCCCGAGUCGCUCCCUGCGCUAUCUGCAGAAACUGAGGCUGCUAGACCUCACCGGUAACGAAAUCACAGAUAUAUCUGGCGACAACUGGCGAGGCUUAGAAAACACGCUGCAAACCCUGAUGUUGGCGGACAACUCCAUCGCCAACCUGCCGGUGGACGCGUUUGCCGGGCUCCCCAUGCUCGAGACCCUGGACCUCCGAGGAAACCACUUGGCCAUCAUCGAGGCUGGCGUCUUUAGAGAUGGCAUGAGCAGGCUUAAUAAGCUGUUGCUCGGUGACAACCAACUGAGCUACAUCCCUUACGAGGAGUUGGCACCCCUGCGGCAACUGAGAAUCUUGGACCUUUCCAGCAACGUGAUCAAGCAAGUUCCACCGCUCCACGAAAUUAACGGCGUCAGACUCUCUUUAGAUGUCUUAAAGUUAGACAAUAACGUCAUCAAGAUGCUGGAACCAGGGUCAUUCAAGAAUUUCUACGUUCUCAAUCAAACAUCACUUGAUGGAAAUCCCAUUUAUUCCCUUAGGGAAGACGCUUUCCGCAACGCGAAGAUACGGACCCUGUCUCUCCGCGACUGCGGCAUCACGGAGCUUUCCCCGGCCGCUUUCGCUGGGCUGGAGAACAGUCUGCAGACCCUCGACCUGGCAGAGAACAACCUCACCAUGAUCUCCAAGUUCAUGCUCAACCAACUCGACGCGCUGCGGUUCUUGAACCUUAAAGAAAAUAAGGUGGAUACAAACUUGAUAGCCACAAACACGCCCUCGGAGUUUUCGCAAGCGAAUUUCAACAAUUUCCAGUACAAGUUGUUCUACUUAGAUGUCAGCGGGGCAUCUUCUAUUGAAAUGAGCAUACAGGACGUAAGAAGGAUGAGGUCCCUAAGAUACCUAGCUGUAGGCAGGCUUAUCAGAAACAGUAUAAGAUCGGAGGACUUUUUAGAGUUUGGAGUGGAGUUGGAAGAUCUCAAGAUCUACGGGAGCACGAUCAAUAGAAUCGAAUCGAGCGCCUUCGAGCACGUGCGGUCUAUCAAAUCGUUAGACCUUUCUGAAAACGAUAUCGACUUCAUUGACCCCUUCGCUUUUGCUGAGUUGCACAGUUUAACAACGUUAAAAAUUGUCAACGGCUUAGCAGACAACGUGAAGAUACUGCCUUUUGAACCACUUAAAGCUCUAAUCGAGCUUCAGAAUUUGGAUUUCAGUAAUAACAAACUGAAGAAUGUUCCUGACACGUCGUUUCAUUUCUUAUACAAAUUGAGAUCGUUGAAUUUACAAGACAAUUAUAUUGACCACUUUUCGAAAGGGACACUGCAGGGUGACAUUCACAAACAAUUGGAAUCCGUUUACAUAUCUCAUAAUCAAAUGAGACAAAUAGUACAACACACGUUUGUAGAUCUGAGAGAACUCCAAGAAAUUUUCAUCGAGGACAACUUAAUUGAAAUAAUCCAAAGGAGAGCAUUUACUGGUUUGGAUAACUUGAAAGUUAUAAAACUUAAAGGAAAUAUAAUUAACGACAUCACGGACGAAGCAUUUCAGAAUCUACCUGCACUUGCCGAGUUGGAUUUAUCCUUCAACAAACUGUUUAUAUUCAAGUUUUCAGUAUUUGACCAAGUGGGGUCUGCAACGGCGUUGAAAGUAAAUGCAUCAUAUAAUGAAAUUAUUUCACUGGCGGAUUCAAAUGCCCCCAGUUUCUUCACGUCAAAUUUCUAUGGGCCUCCUAAAGCACUAAGACUUAUUUCGGAUGAGGAAUUUCCUUCCGAACAAGAUCUUGGAACUGUAUCCGUAAAUAUCAGAGUAUUGGAUUUCUCUCACAACAAUAUUACAUAUAUUGCUCCAUACUACUUCAGGCAUGCGGACUUAACUCUAUCGGAACUUCGGCUUUCACACAACAGAAUUCGUAAUGUUACUCGUGAUGUUUUUGGAUCUAUGGUUAUGCUGCAAUAUUUGGAUUUAUCGCAUAACGAAAUAUAUGAUUUGGAAUACGAUUGCUUCAAAAAAGCUAAAAACUUACAGAUAUUGGAUUUAUCGCAUAACCAUCUAGUGGAGAUUCCGAUUGAGAUAUUCCACGACAUGCAGUAUCUGACGUCCGUCGACUUGUCCGACAAUCGCCUUAGAAAUAUCCCUGACAAUUUGAUUAUUUCAUCUGCGUUGGAAAGGUUUGACGUGUCCGAAAAUCAGCUAUCGAGGGUCCCAACAUCUUCUCUAUCAUCUUCAGCUGCAGCCAAUCUGGUCGAAUUCGACCUCAGCGGUAACACCAUUCCUUCGGUUGCGAUAUCUGACUUAGUUCAGAGAUUUAAGAACCCCGACCAAGUGGGCGAGUACUGGCCCGACGAACAGGACUACAGCGAUGAGUACAUGUAUCACACGGCUAGACGAGAUCAUCAGAGAGUGUACCACCAAAAAAAGCAAUAUCCGCAGAAUAUUCUGUUUAAGUCUCUGGCGUGGCUCGAUUUGUCGGACAAUCACCUGGUUCGUAUAGAAGGCGGCUCAUUCACAGCGUUACCUAAGCUUCGAUGGUUGGACCUUAGCCAUAACUCACCGUUUAAUUCUGGAGACCGGGAGAACAACGCUUUCAAAGGAUUGGAGAGAAAACUUUUGUACUUGGGUCUAAGAAAUGUCAGCCUAUUACAGGUACCAACGUUGCAGUUGCCAAAGCUAAAGAGUUUAGACCUCUCAUACAACAAUCUGCCAUCAAUUGCACCAGACGCAAUAGGCAAACUAACUCACUUGAGAAAGCUGGAUCUUUCCUACAACGACCUUAGUACCGUGCCAGUGGCGACACACUCCUUAAACGAGCUGCGUUGGCUUUCUUUAUCCGGAAAUCCUAUAACGGCGUUGAUGAAUACUAGUCUCUACGGACUAUCACCGAGGCUAGAAUAUAUUGACCUCACACAUCUUCGAUUGAAAAUACUUGAGCACGGUGUCUUUAACAAAAUGUAUGGACUCCGAACACUAAAAAUUACUGUAUACGAUAACGUCAGAGACUUUAGUAUUCCAAAAAUGUUGACACACAACGCGGCUUUGGAAAAUCUUUUAUUAGAAGUCGAAAGUCCAGCUGUUGAACUUGGUAAAGAAUUAAGUGGUCAGUUGCCGUGUAAACUUAAUAACAUUACUAUAACAGGAAGAGGAAUGAAGUACCUUUCACCAUAUCUGCUUAGCGGCGUACAUUCGAAAGUUCUGAAGCUUACGAUUUUUAAUACGAGCAUAGAAGAGAUACCACCUGAAGUGUUCUGGGGCCCAGGUCGUGUCAGGAAUAUAACGCUUGAUCUGAGGUCGAAUUAUCUGAUGAGGGCGCCUAAUCCGGGCACAAGAGAAUGGCCAGGAGUUCCCAACAGCGUGUUCCUUCAAGACAUUUUAGUAGCUGACAAUCCGAUUUACUGUGAUUGUGGAAUUGGGUGGAUAGAAGCAUGGGACCGCAAAAGAAGACAAUAUCUUUGCGAAAGUCCCUCGAAGUGUGUUGCAACGCGAGAUGACGUCAGAUUUGCGAGGUGCUCGUACUAUGACAACAGAACGUUUAGUGAUGUACUGUCUCGAGAUUUAGACUGCGGCUGGAGUAGUGGAAUUCGAAGCAUGCCCAAUUUGCUUAUCAUUGCAGGCAUGUUGCUUCUAACCUGUCUUUACGUAUGAGGUCUAUUUUGGCUCCUUGGGGUAUAUGAAGAAUUCCACCUUAUCCUGGCACGAAUAUAUGGUACCUAUUUAGGAAGUAACGCGCCGUAAUAUUUGGGUAAUUACUUUAAUUGCUGA